AUGCUGUUGCCUAGAAUGGACCUGUUGAACCCUCAGUACCUGGACAAGAUGAACAACAACAUCGGGAGACUGCACUACGGAGAUGAAUCCAGGACUCCCUCGCUGCCCUCGGCUAUAUUAUCAAACAUUACUGGUCCACCUCCGCUCUGCCCAAGCAAACGGAAGUAUGACGACGAACAAAAGGACCAAAUGAAUUGUGACGAUGACCACAUGACCAAAAUGAGCAGAUUGUUUGCCACUCACCUGGCUCGUACCUCUCCUGGAGACAAUCACAAUGAGCACUGGAGCCUGAGGCACAGUCCAAUGGAACACAUCAGCUCUUCCUCCAAUGGUCUCCAUGGGAACCAUCUGUAUGCUUCCAUUUCUGGCUUUGCUGUGGAAGAGCCACUGGCUCUGACCAAAAGUAGCCUUGACAACGCUGUCGGGGGCAAGGAGAUGUCUGUAGUCAGUACAGCUGUUGAGCGGCAGCAGAAUCGCCCCUCUGUUAUCACAUGUGCACCUGCAAGCAAUCGCAAUUGUAAACUCUCUCACUGUCACAUGAAUGGCUGCUCUCCGAGUCCAACCUCAGAUGAGAGGAAGACCAAUGCUAACACAAUUUGCGAUCCUGUGAUUGAGGAACACUUCCGCCGUAGCCUGGGAAAAAACUACAAAGAAGCAGAACCCGCGGCCAACCCAGCGUCCAACUCUGUCUCCAUCACAGGCUCUGUGGAUGACCACUUUGCCAAAGCACUUGGAGACGCUUGGAUCCAGAUCAAGGCCAAAGGUGGGGGUCACCAGGCCCCAGAAGCAGAUUCAUGA